CCAAACUCGUGUAUAUAGACAGGCACGACACGCUCGUGCAUUUUGAUCGUAGCAAUACAAAACACGGGAUGCGCGCAAUCCACAUACUCGCCGUCCUGCUACUCCUCGCCGCCGGCGCCGCUGCCGGCGCCGAGAAGAAGGCAUGCCACGGCGGCGACGAAGCGGCUCUGCUCGCUGUCAAGGCUGCCUUCAGCAACACCUCCUCCUUCAUGUCAUGGACGCCCGACAUCCCGUGCUGUGACUGGCCCGGCAUCGACUGUUCGGACGACGACGGCUCCGGGGGUACCACGGGCCGCGUCGUCAGCCUCGCCAUCCUGCGUGACGACGGCAUCACCGGUGCCGUGCCAGGCGACGCCAUCGCCGGGCUCACCCGCCUCCAGAUCCUGUUUCUUUUCAAGCUCCCCCGUGUGUCCGGCGCCAUCCCGGCGGCCCUCGCCAGGCUCUCCGGCCUCAAGGAACUCACCAUCUCGCGCACCGGCGUGUCGGGCCCCGUGCCGUCAUUCCUGGGCGCGCUCAAAGCGCUCGAGUCGCUGGACCUCUCCUUCAACGCGCUUACCGGCGCCAUCCCGGCGUCCCUCGGCGCGCCCCCGCGCCUCAUCAGCGUCGACCUCAGCCGCAACCGCCUCACUGGCCGCAUCCCGCCGCUGCUCCUCAGCAAGGCCGGGCCGCAGGCCUUCCUGUCGCUCUCGCACAAUAACCUGUCCGGCGGCAUCCCGGCCGAGUUCGCCGCCGUGAACUUCGAGCAGAUCGACCUGUCAAGGAACCAGCUGACAGGCGACGCCUCGCUGCUGUUCGGCCGGGGGGAUGAUGACAAGCCAGUGCUGGAUUCCGCGGACCUGUCGCGCAACGCCCUGAGCUUCAACAUGUCCGGGCUGCGGCUGACUAGGCGGCUGGACUCGCUGGACCUCAGCCACAACAUGAUCUACGGCGGCAUCCCGGCGGUGGUGGCCAACCUCACGAACCUACAGGUGUUCAACGUCAGCUACAACCGGCUCUGCGGCGCGGUGCCGGUGGGCGCGGCGGCGAAGUACGAUUUGUACUCCUUCGCGCACAACAAGUGUCUCUGUGGUGCCCCGCUACCUGACCCGUGCCGUUGAUUACAGACUGCGACUAGCAGUUUAGCACUCGUGAAUCACGAUCCGUCUACCUAUCAAGCUAGAGUCAGUAAGUGUAAGCAAGGCUCAUUUUGCUCUGAUCUGCUGACACGCGUAUAUAGUGGAUCAGCAACAAUGGGUGAAGAAUAUAUGAUGUUGUAAUUCUUUUAAGUUUAGAGAAGAAAGUUGUUGUAAUAAUGUUUUAA